AAAAGGUGGAGCCAGCGGACCCGGAAGGACAUAGCAGAUCCUGGGUAGAAGGACGGGUACGUGUUGUGCCGAGCUGUGUAGUCUUCGUGGAGGGAACGAUGCUGACCAAUAUCUCCAAUGUGCUGAGGGCCUGCGCUCAGAGAAAUGGGGCUGCAGCGGUCGUGUCGGCACGUACCUAUGCUGACUUCACAACCGAGGCAACCUUUGAAGUUAAGAAAUGUGACACGUUCAAGCUGGACGAGGGCCCUGCGACCCAGGUGACCAUGACCAGGGAUGAGGGCCUGCAGUACUACCGCACCAUGCAGACUAUGAGGCGGAUGGAGCUGAAGGCAGACCAGCUGUACAAGCAGAAGAUCAUCAGAGGGUUCUGUCACUUGUAUGACGGCCAGGAAGCUUGUGCUGUUGGCAUCGAAGCGUCAAUCAAGCCAACGGACCACCUGAUCACAGCGUACCGCGCACACGGCUACACUUUAACAAGGGGAGGGACGGUCAAGGGGAUCAUGGCUGAACUCACCGGCAGAAGAGGAGGCAUUGCGAAGGGCAAAGGAGGCUCUAUGCAUAUGUAUUGUAAAAAUUUCUACGGUGGGAAUGGAAUCGUCGGCGCCCAGGUUCCUCUGGGUGCUGGCGUGGCACUAGCCUGCAGAUAUAAGGGCACCGACGAGCUGUGUGUCUGUUUGUAUGGCGAUGGCGCCGCCAACCAGGGUCAAAUUUUUGAAACCUACAACAUGGCAGCUCUUUGGAAGUUGCCUGUUAUCUUCAUCUGCGAGAACAACAGGUACGGCAUGGGAACGUCAGUGGAGAGAGCAGCAGCCAGCACCGACUACUUCAAGAGGGGAGAAUUUAUUCCUGGUCUCAGGGUUGAUGGUAUGGAUAUUCUGUGCGUCCGGGAAGCGACUAGAUUUGCGGCUGAACACUGCCGGGCUGGGAAGGGCCCAAUACUCAUGGAGCUACAGACGUACCGUUAUCAUGGACACAGUAUGAGUGACCCUGGUGUCAGCUAUCGCACACGCGAAGAGAUCCAGGAGGUCCGCAGUAAGAGCGACCCCAUCUCCUUGCUGAAGGACCGCCUUCUCAGCAACAACAUGGCCAGCGUGGAGGAGCUUAAGGAGAUUGACGUGGAGGUGAGGAAGGAGAUCGAAGAUGCAGCUCAGUUUGCCACCACGGAUCCUGAACCCCCUCUGGACGAGCUGUGCAACCACAUCUUUUCGAACAGUCCCCCGGUGGAGGUGCGUGGCACCAACCCAUGGGCCAAACUGAAGUCUGUUAGCUAAAACCGGGGUUGACUCCUCGGUUCCACUGUAAACCAACGCUCCGUACCGUUAUGUGAAACACGCCGCACAUAACGUACCGCAACCGAGUGCAUCGUAUCCAGAGCUUAACCCGUUGUGUCGCUGCCACUUUUAAACGACGAGGGCCAUAAUUUACAAAUAUGUUCUUAGAGUUAAACUGACAUUAAAUGGUUCAGCUUCAAAAUUUCUUCUUAUUUCACCAUUUGACUACUUUUUUUUUUUUUGGUUUGUCUGUAUGGGUUCUGCCUUCAAACACAACUAAAGACAUCAGGGCUCAUUUUCUCCUUCUUUUAUUUACUGUCGGUGAGUUUUAUACCCUUUACCAACCAACUUGUGUUGCACUGUUUCUGACAUUUAAAUUAUAACAAAUAUAAUAAAUCAAAGAUGUUACAGUUGGUCGACAGGUUAUCACAAAUGCGUUCGAUCGGCGUUGUUGCCACGUUCUCGUCAAAAAAAGCGUAUUUAUAUUUUAAGAAAUAUUGACUGAGGCAUAUGAAGAAUAUGCUGUUCAUAUCUCCAGUCCUGAUGAAUUAUUGGAAGUUCCCAUCUAUGAAUUUAGCACUUCAAAGAAGUACCUAUGAUGCUUUUCUUAAGUUUCUGUAUUUAAAAGUCUAUUUCUUAAGCAUUGACCUCUUUGAAAUUUGUUUGCCCCCUUGGCAGUAUGGAUAGCUUAUUCCAUAUAUUUACCGUUUUGACGUUAUGCUCUGGUCAUUGUUAAGGUGCAAUAAAAUAAAGAUCUCUCACUCUUCUUGUCAUAAAC